CUGGAGAUACAACAGGAUCCUGCAAAGAAAGGAGAAUAUCAAUUUCGUACAUGUACUGGAGCCCUAAGAACACACAAAAUCUACUAAGGCUGUUGGUUCAAUAGCAGCCUGGGAAGGUGCUAGCUAACAUCCUCCAAAGCAGUAUGCACUGUUUACAUGAGCUUUCUCCAGAGUCUGGGGCUAUCACCUGGAGCACUUUGAUGCAGAGUUGUGGGGCUGGGGAAAUCCAGACACAUCUUCCCUGUUCUUCAAGUGGAGGUGACACCUCUGCAUGGGUUGCAGGGUCUCAAAAGCCCUUGCUGUUUUCCAGGUAAGGCUUCUCCAGCACCAGGACUGCAGUUGACCACCCAUGCACAUUCUGCUCUCUUGUCUGAAGAUUACACCCCUGGCGCUAUUUUUUACUGGUGCCCUGAAGCAAAAUGAGAAGGGACAGCUCCCCCAUAGUCUCCAAGCCACCCUCGUGCAGGAUGCUGGUGCCUUUCCCUUCUGUCUCAGGGACCUCUACACCCUGCCAGCUCAAAACAAGCUGGAUUAAUUAGCCAGGUGUGGCUAUGGCACAUGUUGUAAACAGGGUUAUCCCUGUUAUUUGCUGUGCCUUGUUGCACAGGUUGUCCCAAAAUCCUCGGCUGGCAUUGGAGUCUGUUUGCAGUGAAGACAGUGAUAGGCACUGCCAUGCAAGCUUGUAGCCCAAAACCAGCCGUGUGUGGGCUCUGCAUUCACCACCUGUGCUGAAGGGCCUGUGCAGUGGUCCGCAGAGGAUCAGAUGGUGCUCUGUAAUCAAGGAGAGCUUGUUAUUGAGUUUCCUGUGUUUUUCAUUUCUGAGCUGCUGCGGUUGAGUAAACACACUCCUCAUGAAGAACAUGAAGAGCUGCUGUCUGCUGUAUGGAAAAAAGGGUGCUAAGGUUUAGGAAGGUCACUGGACUGUACCACAGCAUCUGCAGCUUUUGGGUUGUGUAUGCCAUUUCUUGGGUUUUGCUUUUUCUUUUUAACAAAUGACUGAAUGUGUUUGACGGGAUGUUCUGCAUUAAAACAGCACCAAAACAAAACCAUAGCCAAUUCCUGUACUGAGCAUGCAGCCCAGCAGAGUAAACAGAAGAGGGGUUGUGAGGAGAGUUACCAUCUGCCUGCUCAGAAUGUCUGGGGUGUCACUGAGGUCUUACUGCAAAUGAUGGCUUCAGUGUUAACUUUACCUGCCUGAAAAACAGAAAUUUAGCCAGGCAAGGAGCUAGCUUGAGACCUAUCAUGUGAAAAUGAACUAAUUAGUUCAUUUUCACUAAUUAGCCAGGCAAGGGUGUCUCCAGAAGAUUUAAAGAAACAUAUACCUUCCCUCCUCUCCAGGAAAAGCACUAUGCCUUGCACAAAGCAGAAAUGCAGAGCCUGUCUCUUCAUGCAUUUAUGAUGAUUUUUAUGGUCUCCACUUCUCAGCCAGGAAAAUGGAUUCAUUCCUUUUUUCUCCACUGUCCUGACAUCCUCUGCCAGCUACUCUUGUAGAGUCUCAGGCUUAUGGAGAGAUAUACAUUCCCUCUAAUUGUACCUGUCUAGGGCUGAGUUAUUUAGCAAAGGUCCUUUCAGACCGGAAAAAUCAGCACUCCUCUUUCCUUUGGUCUUCUCUUCGCCCUCUUUCCCUCACUUCUAAGGACAGGGGAUUUACUAUUGCCAAAAAGUUUUCCAGACCUAAACAGAUAACAAAAUAUGAAGCAGACCUGCAAAAUUGUUUCAAAAUAAUUGCUUUGGAGAGCACUUAGGAAGGGGAAAAAACUCUGUGGGUUUGAACCAAAUUUUUAUACAUUAAUGACUGUAGUUCAUUCAGCAGUGAAAUUUUUAAAUAAUUAUGUUUUCGCUAUAGCUAUUUCAUUUUUUUCAGACUAUCCACUAUUAUGUAAGAUUGGAUUGCUUAUGCUGUAGUUCCAGGACAGUUUUAUUCCACCCCAUUUUUCAAGGCUGUUGCUGCCUGCACACUCUUAAAAUUUGCGGUGCUUCUGUUCCAAACACAUAUAUAUACCUUGGCAACAGUUAAAAAGAGGCAUGAAUAUAAAUGAAAAGGAGGAUGUGCACACACACAAAAAAAUCAUUUAGUGUGAGGAUUAUCUGGGCCUUAUCUAAGAGCCACAGCAGAAUUUGUUCUGUGGUCCAGCUGAUCAGGCAGACACCAGGUACUGCAAGAAGCAUUUUUUCCUGCUUCCAUAGACAGCAUUAAUGUUGAGGCAUACAAUUAGCUGCCAGGACUAUUAAUUGCCCAAAUUUCUCAAGCUAAAGGGAAAAAAGCCGACUCGGCAAAAAGCAUCUGUCAAAGGAUGAUGUGUUUUGAUUUUCAGCAGGGGCUAGGCCCACAGGAGACUCCAACAAGGUAAGCAGAAAAUUCUGAAUGGAGAAAAAUAGAGAAAACCAUGAUGACUUGUGGUGAAAGCAAGGGAACAUAGGUGUCUGGUGCUGCUUGGUCAGCCAGUGACCGUCGUGAAGGAAAACUGGACAGUGCUGCCAUUCGCAGCUCCUUGCUGCUCUCCUGUGUUGUUCUGAAAGUGGUGGGGAAGCAGUGAAGAGCUCCAGCCUUUUUCAAAAGAAGGCUGGCAGACCUCCCUACCCUUGUGGGGGUCACCCAUCCCCUCCAUGCUUCAUGUCAGUGUACCCCAUGAGGUCUCUCCAUGGAGCAAAUCCCUCCUCCAGGGUUCUGUAGCCUGCACACCACCCUGGAGUUUGCUCACAUGGAGCAGUGGGUGCGGAAAAGGCGCCUGUGUGCUCCCACUGCCUGUGGCCUGUGCUUCCUUUUUCUCCCAGGAGAAGCAGAGGAGAGCAGAUGUCUUCAUAGGUGAUCCCAGCAUGUCUGAUGAUGCUGCAACUCCCAAAUGCCAGACUGCUGGCCCAGAGGUCUCAGUGUCUGAGGCACCUCCAGGUGCACCUGUAAGGGCAUGGUCCUCUAUUUUAUUACAGCAAUGGUGCACUUCCCAGCUGUUGUGCCACAGACACUAACACCAGCCCCCCAAGUGUCCAAACAGCCUUGAUGUUGUUUCUCAGAGCCACAAAACAAGGCUGCUAGAUGGCUUUUUUUUUCAGGCAUUAGCUUCCACCACCAGUGGCUCUGGAUCCAGCAAAACAAUUGCCAGGGACUAGAAUGCUGCAUCCCUGUGCCCCUGGAUUUCCACACAGCUCCCAUUCUCCCUCCAUCUCCCCCAUCCCUGUGAGCAGAACCACAUACCUUGUAAGGACAAGGACUGUAUAUAAUUAGAUGGCAGCCACUGAGGAAGACAAUUUCCCAAACCACGGAAUGCUUUGGUCAUUUAUGAAGUAUUUUCCAAAGCAAAACCAGCCAUCACUAAAACAGCUGCUUCUCUCCAGUGUUUUCAACCAGCUCUCCCUCCCUCUGGGGCUGUAAUGGGGCUGCAGCUUCAUCCAGGAUCAGACCCAGGCACUUUACAUUCCUAGUCAUGUUUCCCUACUUUACCACUGCUACAAAGCUACAGUGGAGAGGAUGAUCUGCACAUACCAAGUAGGAAGAGGAGGAGUAAGAGCUGAUUUACCACCUUAGAGGCAAAAUGCCUUGCCAUGCAGGGAUUGUAAAUCACAGGUCCUAUUAGCAGGCUUAAGGGAGAGAUAUAAAGAGGGCUUUCUUGCCCUCAUUGGAUUGCAGUCCUGGAUGUCAAAAGGACCUCUUCAGACAAGGAAUGCUGAAGAUCAAGUUCCAGAAUGCUGGUACUUGUGUAGCCCAGUUCCCCCAGCAUACUGAAAUUCCUAUGACAACUCUAUUCAGAAAGAAAAAGUGAUGGAAUUGCCAUAAAUGGUUUGAAGAAGAAAGAAACAGCAGAGGAAUGUAAAACAUCACCACAGAGAGGAAUAAAACAGCUCUGGUUUGGCCAGAUUGACAAACUUUGCAAGUGCUGGUGAAACAUGUGCUGACUCUGCCUCUAGUGGGCCUCAAGACAAGACCACUCUAGAGAAAAAUGCCCUAAAACAGUGUGGUCCUUCUCCAGCAGGCUACACCAUUGUAUUUGUGUUGUUAAGAUAGACUCUGAUUCUGUGUGCACAUUUUUCUUAAAUGUCAAGGGCCACUCUCUUAAGGCUCCACCAUACUUAUGCUGCAUGAACAUAUUUUAAAGCAGAUGGAAAUGUCCCUAUAAAUAUUAGUAAUAUAAGAACAGGGGGUUCUGAAAAAAUACUAGAUAAUAAUAAUUUUGAAGACUUUGUGGCAUCAAAUGAAUACGGUAUUUGUGAAAAUUGUUUUGCAGUAGUAAAUAUUUUGGAGCCUGAGCUAAACUCCUACUUUGGCACUGACUGUUUUGCAAUUACUGACAUGGAAAUGUAUCCUUCCAUGAGAAUUAGUUCUAAAAAGUACAUUUAAUGUGAGUGAACACACUAAAUAUCCUGGAGAUAUAGAUGUAAUUCAUGAGAUCACUAGUUACAUUUAGCACAGUUCAUUAGCUAUCUAGACCUGAACAGAAUUGUCUGAAUAAGCCAAGCAGUCUGUAUAUGCAACAAAGUAUGGAGGAAAAAUAUCCCUCAUGCAGGAGUUGAGCAGAUCUGCAGUGUCUCAAGCACAGUCACUGUUACAUACCUCUGCACUCCAAUUUGAUUGCUUUGCACCAGACCCCAUGUCCCAAACUGAAGCUUGAAUAGGACAAAUAAUUUAUCUCUCCCUGUAAUUCUGGUGGAAGACACAAGGCUCCCUGGGUGAAGUAAAAUGUGGCAAUUCCUUUGGUUGCAUUUGUUGCUUCAACUGGUCACAGGCUGAUGCCUUGGGGUUUUCAGUAAGGCUGUCUGGAAUUUCCAUCUUCUGGAAAUAUUUCAGGGUUUGCUGAAGAAAACCUGUCCCACUUUUCAAUAAAAGCUGAAGAAACUAGACGCUUUUUGCAGCUAAUCUGGGUAAAAGAAAAAAGGCAACUGUUGGAACAGCACACAUAAUUUAGAGCUGGCUAAGAGUCUUUUGGGCUAACAAAAAAUUCUGUGAUGAAGGUGGAAUUUUCUAGAGCAAAUCAUUCUAGCGGACAGUUCCCCACUCCUUUCCAUGUUAGACCAUGUAUCUUUCUUUCUGUAUUCGAAAUAUAAGCCAAAAAUUAUUGCACAACCAAACAGAGUGAAAAAAAGAAACUCUUGAGCCGAGGCAUUGAGUAAAUGUCACCUGAGUCAACAAAGAGUCUAACAGAUGGAGGCUUUAAUAUUGUUUUUUUCAAAUUCAUCAAUUUAUUUUUAAAGUAAUGACCGUAACUCUUCCUAGAACAGAUUGUUAUUCUGCCUGUUAUGAUUCAUUAAACCAGUACAGAAUGAGAUCAUUAUCAUUUAAGUUAGCAUUUUUGAGACUGCCAAAUAUCCUUCAAGUACUUCCUGCAGCUGGGACUGCAAGCAUUGUCCUUGGAGCUGGCAGCCUGCUUGCACUAUAUCCUGGUCCAAGAGCUUCUUGUGCCUCUGGCUAGCAGCACUGCUGUGCCCACGGGGCCCUGCUUGAGUGGGUUGCUCUACCUGCCCCUCAGGCAGCAGCAAAAUUAGAAACUGACUUCAAGCUGCAAGGCUUGAGAGUCUGUGGAAAUAAGCACCUGCAGAGAUGCACAGCCAUCUCCCUGAGGAGCCAGGGCUGGAAAACUCUUCUCCAGAGAUGGAUUCUCACCCACCUCAGCCUGCAGGUGAGCUGGCUGAUUACUGGGACACAGUGGUCAUUGAUGCCUCUGGAUAAAUUGCCUCCUGUUGCAAAUUUCCACAUUUGCCAAAGGAUGCAACAAGCAGAGUGGCAGCCACAUGAGGCAGGUUACCAGAAAUAGACCUUUUGCCUUUUAGUUUCUUUUUGGUGUAAUUUCCUGACUGCAUUAUUGAAACAACAAUGACAUAAGGGGCAUGAUUCAGCAACAGGGAAGACAGAAGCAGGUAAAAGCAAAAGAGACAAUAACUUAUUUGUGUAGAAAAAAAGAAAAAUGAGCUGGCAGUAAAGGGGAAUUCACAAAUUACCUGAUAAAAAGGCACAUAGCCAUUCCCUGCCCCCACAACCACUCUGAGUGUUCUUUGACAUAUGAAGGAUACCAAAAGAAGAAAAAAAAAAACACCCAAAAACCCAGCAAACAAAAAGCAAACCACCACCCCAAAUUACAGCAAUUACUUGAUCAGGGCAUUUUCACUUCCUACUCUGUAAGAGAGAAAUUCCCCAGGUCAUCUGACGUCUGUUGAAACUACACCAGGAAGAGGAGCAGCAGCAGCUGACAAGUGCAGGGCGUUCUCUGGCUGUACAAAAGCCUCCCAUGUGCGAGGCAGAGCUCAGAGCAGCGCAGGGAUGUGCAGGUGUGUGUAUACAUAGCAAGGUGAGCUGCGAGUAUCCUGCCAGCCAGAUCAUCUCUUGCACAACUCUCCAGUCCUGUGCAGCCCGGCGGACCUUUAGCUGCUUGUUUCCAAAGAUGCCUCCAGAGCAGAGCUUCUGAGGAGCUGUUUCCUCACAUGCUGUUUCCUUGAAUGCUGCUGAAAGCAGCUCUCUCCAAGAAGAGGCAGCGGCUAGCAGCAUGGUGGGAAUAAUGGCAAUGAGGACGUGGAUUGAGCCAGUGGUCGCGGGUUCCCAAGUGGCCAGUGCCUUCUACGACACAGCACUGCUGCUGGUAGUGAAGAACUACUACAACCAGACCAACAGCACUGCUCCCUCCCAUGUCCUGGAAGAUGCCCAGCAGAAGGCUGUAUCUAAUUUUUAUAUCAUCUACAACCUAGUUCUGGGCCUGAGCCCACUGGUGUCAGCCUACGGCUUGUCCAAGCUGGGGGACAGGACACACCGCAAGAUCCCCAUCUGCUUCCCUCUUCUUGGUUAUCUGGGCUCCAAAACUCUCCUGCUUCUCCUGAUUCUGCUGGGCUGGCCAGUGGAGGUGAUGUAUGGGGCUGCUGCCUUCAAUGGGCUGACAGGAGGCUUCACCACAUUUUGGGCAGGCAUCAUGGCUCUGGGAUCUCUGGGGUCCUCUGAAAGAAAGAGGUCUCUGCGGCUCAUCAUUAUUGAACUGGUGUAUGGCCUCGCUGGCUUUCUGGGAAGCAUGGCAUCUGGCUACCUCUUCACUGGCUUCAGUGACCGCUAUCGAGAAGGCACCGUGCUGGUGUGCUGCAGCAUUGCUUGCUAUGCCUUUUGUCUGCUUUACAGCAUUUUUGUCCUCACAGUCCCCAAGCCAGCAGCUUCCUGCACAGCCAAAGCCAAGAGUGCAGAGGAGAUGGGUGGUCAGCUACCAGAAGCAGUGGUAAAAGGGAGCUCCCAACCUUCAGAGAGCGGCAUCUUCACUCCAGUGUCACCCUCGAAGCUCAUCAUCAUCCUGCUGUUUGUGGCAGCAAUCCUCUAUGACCUGGCUGUGGUUGGUGCAAUGAAUGUACUCCCACUGUUCUUGCUCAGGGAACCUUUAAGUUGGAAUGCUGUGGAGAUUGGCCACGGUAAUGCUGCUGGGUACGUGAUCUUCAUUACCAGUUUCCUAGGGGUACUUGUGUUCUCUAGAUACCUGAGGGAUAUUACCAUGAUCAUGAUCGGAGUAGCAUCAUUCAGCGCUGGCAUCCUGAUCAUGGCCUUCGUGCAGUGGACGUUCCUGUUCUACAUUGCACGGGCAGUGAUGCUGUUUGCCCUCAUCCCCUUACCAACCAUCAGGUCCAUGUUGUCCAAGCAUGUUGAAGGAUCAUCCUAUGGUAAGGUGUUUGUCCUGCUGCAGCUGUCUUUAGUCACCACGGGUGUAGUGACAUCUACAGUCUACAACAAGAUCUAUCAAAACACACUGGACUGGUACAGCGGCUUCUGCUUCAUUUUGUCUUUUCUAGUUGGCUGCCUGAGUCUCCUCCCUUUAAGCUUUGUGGCCAUCAAACAACGGUCAACCACUGGCUCCCUUGAGAUUCUGACUGAGUAACAGAGACAUCUUCUGGUUGUUAUCAUCAGCCCCUACCAACACAAGAGGAUACAUAGCAUUUAUAUUUUCACUUCACAGCAUGCCACAAUCUCUCAGCCACUACACUCAUCCUGGAAGAGAUGUUUGCCUUCUUAUUUCUGCAGCAUGCACCCCAUCCUGCAGGGUCUGUGUAUUAGCUAUUGCACACCAGCAGUCCUCAGAGCAUUCUGCUCUUUGCUACGCUGGUCAGAAAUACCAAAGAGGUACAAGAAUACAGGCUAGAAAUGAAAAUGGCAUUUCCAGACACAUCGUUCAGAGUGAAAACGGAAAGCAGAGGAUCAGUUUUCCAUCAGUUUCUUCUUGUUUGUUCAUUCAGAAAUCUCAGGGCAGUACUGUGACUUUGGCUGAUGAGACAGGGCUGCAAGCCACAUGCCAUGUGCACAGGGCGAUCAGCAGGACACACCGGCUCCCCAACUCCUGCAGAUGUUAUCAGCCCAGCCAAUUAAUGUUAUGCACAAGACCAUUAAAUAGAGAAAUAACACCAUCAAAAUAUGUCAAAUUAACAGAAUUUUAGUAAUCCCUACUAACAGAAUUUUAGUAAUCCCUACAAUAAAACACCUCUGAACUGAUGUUUAUGUCCCUGAUUUCUGGGAGAAUGUCACACUGUCCCUGGACAGUGCUUCAACAGAGCUCAUGGGAGGAAUAAGACCCAAGACCUAAUGAUAGUGUUUCAGCUCACACAACCAUGAUGUGCUACUGUUGUCACAGGUUAAGUACAGGUAAGUGCAACACACAGCUCCUACAGGAUUUAUGGAGGUGUAAGGACACCGAUACCAUGUUACCCCAGCUUUUAUCUGGGCUGGAAAGGAACCUCAAGGGAUACAGCAACUAGCAUGAGAUGAUGUCACAUAAAUCUAAACAUGAGUCAAAAGUGUGGCAUGUCUCACAAGGAUGUGUCUGCUUACAUGCUAAUUGAACUAAGAAGGAUUAAGCGGCUUCCAAGGUCCUGGACUAAGUAAAGGGAAGUUAAAAGUCCUUAAAUAACUGAAAUAAUCUGGAGGCAAAUCAGGCAGCUUCAGUUCCAGCCAGAGGUACGGCAUGCAGAAGUUGGUUCAUCAUUACACAAUCCCUUCCUCUGAGGAAGCUGCUGUCACCCUGUCCCCCCCAUCCAUCCCCCCUCCUCCAAU